AUGGAAGAGCCUCUCAGGGAGUCGAUCAAGCAGGUGGAUGCAAAUACAUGGCUUAUCGGUGGUCUAAUUCUCCAUCGUUCGAGAGGUUAUUCAAACACCUCUACCUGGUACGACCAAGAAGAAGAUCUCAGUUAUAACGUUACUAGCGCCACCAUUCCUCUUCCCACGACAGUGCCUUUGGCUGUAGAUGACUCACGGCUCAAAUUGGUUUAUGAUGUCGCCGAAAGAUCCGCCGUCUGGUCUUUAGGAAACAGCGCAUUUUGCAAGGUUAAACUAUGCGUUGAUGGCACGACAUCCGAAGCUGCAACAUUGGCUUACGUUCAUGAUAAGCGGCCCAAUAAUUUCGAGAUUCCUAGAGUCUUGUACUCGGCAGAAUCCAACGGCAGGUCCUACCUGUUUUUGAGCAGGGUUCCCGGUCGAACUCUUGCAGAUGCUUGGCUAACGCUGGAUGAGAAAUGGAAGCGUCACUACGUGAGCGCCAUAGCAGAUGUCUGCGAGACUCUUGAGUCCUGGAAAGGCAACACGCUCUGUGGAGUAGACGGGAAGAACGCUUAUGAGCCCUAUCUCCUCGAAUCCCGCGCUGCUGAAAAUUACGACCCUCAAAAUCUUCUUCGACCUUGUAAGUUGAUGGGCAUGGAUUGCUCUAAAUUCGUCUUUUGCCAUGCCGACCUCGGUCCUACAAAUGUCAUUGUGGAAGAUGUUCCGACAAAGGGCACUGUUGGUGUUAUCGAUUGGGAGAUUGCUGGGUUUUUCCCACGAGGCUGGAUUCGCACCAAGUUUCGAAUAAGCAGUGGAUUGGAUCUGCCGGAAUCGGUUGGCGACCUCAGUAGCCAGCAAUGGUGGAGGGUUGAGGUUCAGAAGCUGCUUGGGACGCGUGGGUUUGAAGACUAUUCGUCGGAAUGGCAGGCAUGGUGGUAUUGA